AUGUCAUCCUACGUUAGUGUUUCCGGCUUAUCGGUGGUUGGCGAAGAUGACGCCCUUCAGCGUCUCCUGUCGUCUCGUGACGGCUCUGGAAGCGGAUCCAACGCCCUCUUAGACGCGAUGCGCAAGAUUCAAGCAGAGAACGUGUUCGACGAGGAGAAUGUCACUGUCGCCCCGGCGGCACAGUCAGCCCCACUUGCGAAAGCGGCGAGCAAGAAGGAAAGUUCUGCGUCCCACGCAUCUGUCGAGAAACCGAAAGCCAACGCUGUGUCUUUGCGAGAGCCAAAGAAGAUCUCGUCAGGAAUGUCCCUCUCACCGACUGUGCAGUUAGCGGCCUCUGCCAUUCAGACCUCCAGCUUUCGCGCAACCAAUCCAACCGACAUCGAUUCUCUCCCCGCACUUGUGGAGCUGGUGCAUCCAAAACUGCUCCGCCCGUUGACGGAGUCCAUGAAGAUCGAGAACCUCACCCGUAUCCAGAAACUGUGCUGGGCGGCAAUGCUCGACAGCGACAGCGACGUCCUGGUGCGCAGCGAGACUGGCAGCGGCAAAACGCUCGCCUACGCCCUCCCCACCCUUCACCGCCUUCUCGUGGAGUGCGACAAGACACCCAUCUCGCGCGACGUGGGCACCCUCAUCAUUAUCAUGUGCCCGACCCGCGAGCUUGUGCUGCAGGUGACAGAGACGGUGACCACUCUUGUGCGCUGCGCGCAGUUCAUCACAGUCGGAGGCAUCCAUGGCGGCGAGAACCGACACAAAGAAAAGGCGCGGCUUCGCAAAGGCAUCCCCAUUCUGGUGACGACGCCGGGCCGGCUGCUCGAUCACCUCAAGACCACGGCUUCUUUCACCGUUGCCCACGCGCAAACGGUGAUCAUGGACGAGGCGGACCGUCUGCUCGACAUGGGGUUUGAAAAGGCUCUGCGUGAGAUUAUGGAGCUGCUAGAGAAAAAGUGCCACCAUGCGUCUGGUCUCAAGCGCGUUCUAGUCUCAGCAACCAUCACAGACGGUGUUGAGCGACUGUCGCACUUUGCACUGCGCAGGAACAUUGCCCGCAUCGGCGAGACACAAGACACCUUCUCUGUCCCGACAACGUUGAAGCAGCACUACGUGAUGGUGCCGGUGAAGCAUCGUCUCUCCGUCCUUCUCAGCUUUCUUCGCUCCCAGCUGGAUGCCGGUGCUAACAAGAUCAUCGUGUUUGUCUCGACGGCGGACAGUACGGAGUUCCUGUACCUGCUCGCCUCUCGUCUACAGUCCCCAUUUCACAAGAGGUCGUACGAGGGCAAAGUAAUCACGCGCUCGCGCGGUGCUUCCAUGAGUACAAAGAAAAUGGUCGAAACCGCCAACCGCCACCUCGACACCGGCAGCGCCACGGACGAGGUGGUCACAUUUGAGGAUGUGAGUGACGACGAGAGGGAAGGGGAUGCGAGACUUGACAGCGCCGCGGCGUUACAGCGCGCUUUUCUGGACGCUAACGUUUUCAAGCUGCACGGCAACAUGUCACAGGUGGACAGGGCCGCCGUCUUUCACGCCUUCAAGUUUGGCACUCGCAAGUCCCGCAGCGACAAGAGCGUGUUGUUCUGCACGGACGUGGCUGCCCGUGGCCUCGAUAUGCCGAAGAUUGACUGGAUUGUGCAUUACGACCCUCCAACAGACCCCAAAAGCUACGUGCAUCGAAUCGGUCGCACGGCGCGUAUCGGCAACAGCGGCGACUCGAUUCUUUUUCUCGCACCGGAUGAGCGUGGCUACGCGGCAUACCUGACGCACUUCAUCCACUCGCAGAUCCAGCAGAGCGACAGCAAGGAGGCGGCGGAGAUGUCGGAGCGCAAGUACGAGACAUUUCUCUUCUACCUUACCAAGCUGGAUCCCAAGUCGAACCACAUGUGGAUGCAGAGCGCGGCUGUGCUGGAGCGUGCCAUCUCACGCCUUGCGAUGCAGCGUGACGUCGAGCGUGGUGAGGACGCCAAGGAGAGUCUUUACCGCGUUGCGCUCUUCGCGUAUCAGUCGUACCUGCGUGCCUACGCGGGCAUGCCAAAACAAACGAAGUCGCUCUUCUUCUCCUCCCCGCUGCACCUUGGCCACGCCGCGCAGAGCUUCGGCAUCGACAAGAGUCCAUCGGAGGUGCAGCGGGAGCUACAAGUCUACAUCCGCGAAGACCGCGCCCUUGCCCGUGACAACCGAAAGGGCACCGUUACCAACUCACGCGACGGGGAGGGAGGAAAAAGGAAGCGCCAGCGAGUGGAGUUGGACCACGAGGACCGCUACCACAGUAUGCUCACUCAGAAGCAGCGCAAGCUGACGCGCGACUGGGCCGAGAAGAGGCGCAAAGAGAGCACCAAGAUUCGGCCGCUACAGUUCUCCGAGUUCGACGCGUGA